CAGCAUGCAGUAGGCUGUGCACUUAAACAGGGAGUCACCAAUCUCACUGUACUGGACAUUCACCAGCUGAGACCAUGGCAGGGAGGAGACGAGGUCGAAAUAACAAUGGCCAUCAGCAGCAACAGGCCACUCAAAACCAGAGGAGAGUCCCACGAAAGGCGCUCAGAGAACCAGCUCCUUUUGCAAAGCCGACAGGCUCUGAAGCUGAGACUGAAAAACUGACAAUCACCCAAGCGCGGAGGGGCACUCCAGCACAUCGUCCUGUACGGGUUUACGCUGAUGGCAUUUUUGACCUUUUUCAUUCGGGACAUGCUCGAGCCCUGAUGCAGGCCAAGAAUUUGUUUCCCAACACCCACCUGAUAGUAGGAGUUUGCAGUGAUGAACUCACCCACAAAUAUAAAGGGUUUACUGUGAUGUCAGAAGAUGAACGGUAUGAUGCCCUCACACACUGUCGGUAUGUGGAUGAAGUUGUCCGGGACGCUCCCUGGACUCUCACCACUGACUUCCUCAAAUUACAUAAGAUUGACUUUGUCGCCCAUGAUGACAUCCCCUACACCUCUGCUGGAUCAGAAGAUGUAUAUAAGCACAUCAAGGAGGCAGGUAUGUUUGUGGCUACUGAGCGAACAGAGGGCAUCUCCACAUCUGAUCUCAUCACAAGGAUAGUUAGAAAUUAUGACAUAUAUGUCCGGCGUAACCUGCAAAGAGGCUACACAGCAAGAGAGCUCAAUGUUGGCUUCAUUAAUGAGAAUAAAUAUCGACUUCAGAACCAGGUGGACAAAGUAAAAGAGACGGUCCGCACUGUGGAGGAGAAGUCCAAAAGCUUUGUGUACAAAGUGGAGGAGAAGAGCCAUGAUCUGAUUCACAAGUGGGAAGAAAAAUCACGAGAAUUCAUUGGAAACUUUCUGGAGCUUUUUGGUCCUGAUGGAGCUUGGCAUGCUAUCCAGGAGAGGAGUGGACGUAUGCUGCAGGCACUUUCACCUUACUCGUCGCCACGGGGAUCUCCCAGCAGCAGUCCUACCAGACGACGCUCCAUAUCUCCAGACUCCUCCCCAUCAUUGUCUCCCUCCUCCUCUGUCAGUCCACCUUCCUCUCCAUCAGCAUCUUCUCAGAAAAGGGGCUCAAGAUCUUCAGUUAAAUCUGCCUCCACCUAUGCCAGACAUGCGCAAUAAGCAUCCAAUAUCUGGAACAAAAAACUAAAUUUGUUGUGUUUGUUAAAUUCAUUUUAAUCAUAAAAUAACAUCAUAGAUAGAGUGACUGCAUGGUGCUUUCUGCCAUACCACUCCUACAUAGCACCUUGAACACAUGAGAAUUUUGUCUUUGUAUUUCAAUGUCCUAUCUCUAUUUGAAUGAUUCUGCUCUCAGAGUGUGAAGACAAUAAAAA